UUGAACAGCAAUAAGAACUAACCAUCUGGUGCGAGAGGGAGCUCUCCUUCCGUUUUGAAGGACGAAGGAGAGGAAAAUUACUGAGACAGAGAAUCAGGAGAAACAGGAGCAGAUUCAUUUUCUGGCUUUCCCUAACAGUAGUUCCAUCAGCUAAGUCUGAGAGAAGUAAGUGUAAAGUAUACAAGUACACAGUACUAUAUGAUGAGAAUAUGUUGCAGUGUGUAUACAAUACAAGGGAUUUUAUUGCCAUAACCAAUCAGGUUUCCAGGAUUUUUUUGGUAUGCUCAGGAUACAGGAAAAAAGGAAAAUGUCCCCCCACAUAAUGUUUAUAAUAUACAACAAACAACAAGAUAAAUACUCUUGCCAUAGGAAUUUUUUUUAAUUUGUUUCAAAAUGAAGGAAUUGCUGUAAGAACGAACUAAAGUCGCACUAUGUGGUUCACAGUAAAUUGCAGAUAUUAAUGAUAGUAUUCAUUAAAAGAUCGGUUUUGUAAUACAUUGCAGUGAGACAUGCUAUAAAUCCAUUGCAGUUUAAAACUGAAUCUAUUAUUUCAAUGGCAGGUAUAUUAAACGUAUUGAUUUAGUAUUCACACUCUGUAAAACCACUGAAGUGUGGGAGGAGAAGGAAAAAUGGAUUCUUUGCUUACUUUGAGGAAUAACAACUUUUGCAGAUGCUAAAUAUGAGAAGGAUUUAUUCUGUGUGUGGGGUGUGGGGGUUUACUUUAAAAGUGACCUCAUCUAGGGUUAGCAUAUGGCAACUAUUGUAUGUAAUGGUUUGGAUUACAAUUGCCACUCAAUUUCUGAAGACAUUUGAACCUUCUUUCAUACUGUGGUAAAAGACACAGACUAGUAAUCCUUACUGCGUUACUAGGUUAAAAAGGUGAAUACCAUAUUUUACUAAUAAAAAUUAAGUCAGUAGGUCAGAUGAGAAGUGCAUGUCUAAUUUGUCAAGAUAAACUAAUAAUCACUAUACCACAGCAGUGUGCUCAUACAUAUUCUCAGCCUAGAGGGACAACCAAAUGGAUAAACACCUUCGUGGAUAUGUUACUUCCUGCAUCUUGUUGAUAGCUAGUGAUAUAUCCCUCAAGGCACAGUUCAACAUUUAUCACUUUGGAUUUAGUGUAGUUAAUGCAGAGCAGGCAAUUGUUCCUGCGAUGGAAAUAAGUCUACUGCAGUGUUAAACAAGUCUACUGCGGUGUUAAACAAGUAUACUGCAAUAAAUAUUUUCUGUUUAAUAGCAAGGAAAUAUAUAAAUGUUGCAUGUGCCAGAGUGCUACUCCUACUUCCAUAUUGGUGUAUUAUGAGCACACUGUUGGAUUAUCUGUAUCUGCAGCAAGUAGUCAGUCCCAGUCAAUCGCUAUUCUUAGCAGCUUUGCUAUUGGCUCCCAGUUUAACCAGUCACAAAAUGACCAGAAUGUCUCGUCACACAAAGCAGCACCUGUGAGUUUCUCACACUCAAACUGUCUCCCUUAUAGCCUUCCACUUUAAAUACACGCUAUAGGACAUGAGUGUUUGGCUAGUCGAUGAAAAAUACCUCAAUCCUGAGCUAGAGUUCGCAGAUCUACAAAAAAAAAAAAAAAAAACGUCAAACUGGAACUACAGGCCAACAUUUGGACGUCACAUGUGUUGUAAUUUAAUAGCUCAUUGUUAACUGAAAAUGGGUUUGCAAGGCAUUGGCUUUCUUCUGCAGUGUUACCUGAUGUUGGCAGCAGCCAUGUAUUUUGAUCUCGGAGAGCAGGAGGAAAAAUGCAUCAUCGAGGAGAUUCCUGAAGACAUGCUGGUCACCGGUUAUUUCUUGUUGGAGCCUUGGGAUUUGAAGGUGUAUUCCCACUACCCACAACUCGGCGUCACUGUGACAGUCAGAGACCCAAACCAUGAGGUUCUGAUGUCCAAACGCUACGGUAAAUUUAGUAAAUUCACCUUCACAGCUCACGCCUCUGGUCAGCACUACCUUUGCUUCCAAACCAACUCCACUAGGUUUUCUGUCUUUGCUGGAGAGAAGCUGAAGCUACAUUUGGACGUUCAGGUGGGAGAGCACUCGAUUAACCCCAAAACCGACAAGACCAAAGACAACAUGGAGACUCUGGAGAACAGCCUCAGCCACCUCAUUGAUCAGAUGAUGUACAUCAUCAGGCAGCAGGAGUACCAGAGGGAGAAAGAGGAGGUGUUUCGUCAGAUCGGGGAGGACACCAACAGUAAAGUGCUAUGGUGGGCUGUGGUGCAGACCUUCAUUCUGCUGUCAGUUGGUUUCUGGCAGAUGAAACGACUCAAAGACUUCUUCAUCGCCAAGAAGCUGGUCUGAUGAUGAACUCUGACCUGUCAGCUUUAAGCCUGAUGACCGCAUGUCCUGCCCAUACCUGUCCAAAUAUAUACUUUGCUGCCCUUAAAACAGAAGGCUAUUGCAUAAGGCUGGACUGUAAUCUUGAAUUGGGCUCAUAUUCCCACACCUGUUUAUGCUUCUGUUAAAAUAAAUUGAUAUCCGUA